UAUCUGAUUAUUAUUUGGUUGAAAACAGGAAAAUGGUAUUGGUGGCUACUGCAAACCUGAGUCACAUGUUCACGUUGUUUACCUCCAAAUCCUAAAACCUUUCCAACGGCAAACACAAACCCCAUUUCUCAAUUCCCAUCUUCUUCUCCAAAAAUGCUUUCCAAAUUCCACUACUCACCCUCACCACUCCUCCACCCCUCCACCAAACCAGCCCCCAAAUUCCCCUGCGCCUGCCACUCCUCCAAACCCUCCAAUUCCCCCCCAUUCCGCGAUUCCGCCCUACUCUCAGUCCUCUUCGCCAUCCCCGACUGGGCCGACGAGAUCAAGGAGCGAGGCAUGAAGCAGAAGCGCUACCUCUACGACCACGAGAGCUGGGUCCAGCACCGUAGCUCCCUCCGCCACGUCCGCCACCUGCUCACCAGCUUGUCCUCCCGCGUCAUCCUCUCCCUCGUCCCGCCCGUCAUCGCCUUCACCUCCGUCGCCGUCUUCGUCGCCGUCUACAACACCGCCGUCUCGCUCGAUCUACUGCCAGAGUUCUUCCCCAUCCUCAGAGCCUCCUCCCUGCCCUACCAGCUCACCGCUCCCGCACUGGCGCUGCUGCUCGUUUUUAGGACGGAGGCGUCGUAUUCCAGGUUUGAGGAAGGGAAGAUGGCUUGGACUAAGGUUAUUUCUGGUGCUGAGGAUUUUGCCAGCCAGAUUAAUGCUAAUGUGCGCAGUGCCGAUGAUGAUAUGCUUAAGAAGGCCAUUUUGCAGUAUAUCAUCGCCUUUCCGGUUGCUCUCAAGUGUCACAUCGUUUAUGGAUCAGAUGUUGCACAAGAUCUCGACAACUUACUUGAGGUGGAUGACCUGUCUGUAGUUCUGAGCUCCAAGCACCGGCCGCGCUGCAUCAUCGAGUUCAUCUCUCAAAGCCUGCAGCUGCUUGAUAUCGAGGCCACAAAGCGCCAUAUACUGGAAUCGAAUCUUGGCUGUUUUCAAGAGGGUAUCGGAGUGUGUGAACAGAUCAUGGGCACGCCUAUCCCUCUCUCGUACACUAGACUUACCUCCAGAUUCCUAGUCCUCUGGCAUCUCACUCUCCCUAUCAUACUUUGGGAUGAUUGUCAUUGGAUCGUUGUGCCCGCCACUUUCAUUAGUGCUGCUUCUCUAUUCUGCAUUGAGGAGGUUGGUGUUCUUAUUGAAGAGCCUUUCCCAGUGCUGGCUCUUGAUGAGAUGUGCCUCAGACUUCGCAGCAACAUAGAUGAGGUUGUGAGGAAUGAGAAGCUCAUUCGGGCUCGUGUAAGUGCAAACAGAAACCGGAGUCGUGGGAAGAAACACUCCCAGAAUGGAUGGCCAAACCCCUUGGAGAAAGACAUACAACCUGGUUGAAAUUAUUCUUAGAAGAGAGUGGCAAAGUUUUGGUGUUAGAUAAGUAUAUAUGUGUAUAGAUGAUAGAAGUACGUCAAAGUGAACAUCUCGUAUAUAAAAAAAAUGAAAAAAGAAAAGAAUUUGGACUAGUAUAUAUACUCAUUCAAUUAUACAUA